AUGGGGGUGCUCUGUGGGGCGGGUGGAGGGGGUCUGUGGGUGGGAUCUGUGGGGCGUGGGGAGGGUCUGUGGCGCAGUGAGGGUCUGUGGGGCAAUGGGGGUGUCUGUGGGGCUGGGGGGGAGGGCUCUGUGGGGCUGACCCCCUGCCUGCCCCCCCCAGUGCUGCCGUGCCCCGACGGGGAGCUGCCCUGCGAGAACGGGGGGCUCUGCGUGCUGGACCCCCAGGGGCACCCCACCUGCCUGUGCCAGCCGGGGGCCCUGGGGGAGCGGUGCCAGCUGCGGGACCCCUGCACCCCCUCGCCCUGCCCCCCCGAGGGGGUCUGCCAGAGCACCCUGCGCCAGGGCACCCUGCGCCCCCGCUGCCUCUGCCCCCCGGGCACCCGCCGUCCCGACUGCACCCCCGUGGAGUUGCCCCCCUCCCCCCCCUGCAUCCCCUCCCCCUGCCUGAAUGGGGGCACCUGCCGCCAGCUGGGGGAGGGGUCCUUUGACUGUGCCUGCCUGCCUGGCUUCGAGGGUCCCACCUGUGAGACCAACGUGGACGACUGCCCCGGGCACAAGUGUCUCCAUGGGGCCACCUGCGUGGACGGGGUCAACACCUACAACUGCCAGUGCCCCACCGAGUGGACGGGCCAGUUCUGCACCGAGGACGUGGACGAGUGCCAACUCCAACCCAACGCUUGCCACAAUGGGGGCACCUGCUUCAACACCCAAGGGGGCCACACCUGCGUCUGCGUCAACGGGUGGACGGGCGAGAGCUGCAGCGAGAACAUCGACGACUGCGCCACGGCCGUCUGCUUAAACGGCGCCACCUGCCACGACCGCGUCGCCUCCUUCUACUGCGCCUGUCCCAUGGGAAAGACAGGCCUGCUGUGCCAUCUGGACGACGCCUGUGUCAGCAACCCCUGCCACGAGGACGCCAUCUGUGACACCAACCCCGUCAACGGCCGCGCCAUCUGCACCUGCCCCCCCGGCUUCACUGGCGGCGCCUGCGACCAGGACGUCGAUGAGUGUUCCAUCGGUGCCAACCCCUGCGAGCACUUCGGGCGCUGCGUCAACACGCAGGGCUCCUUCGAGUGCCGCUGCGGGCGAGGCUACGCGGGGCCUCGCUGCGAGAGUGACGUCAACGAGUGCCUGUCGGGGCCCUGCCGCAACCAGGCUACCUGCCUGGACCGCAUUGGGCGCUUCACCUGCAUCUGCAUGGCCGGGUUCAGCGGGCCCCUGUGUGAGCUGGAGGUGGACGAGUGCCAGAGCAGCCCCUGCGCCAACGGCGGCCGCUGCCACGACCUGGUCAACGGCUUCUCCUGCUCCUGCCCCCCAGGUUUCUCGGGCCCCACAUGCCAGACGGACAUGGAUGAGUGCGCCAGCACCCCCUGCCGCAACGGCGCCAAGUGCCUCGACCGCCCCAACGGCUACGAGUGCCAGUGCGCUGAGGGCUUCGAAGGUCCCCUCUGCGAGCGCAACGUGGACGACUGCUCACCGGACCCCUGCCACCACGGCACCUGCUUGGAUGGCAUCGCCAGCUUCUCCUGCGCCUGUGCCCCCGGCUUCACCGGCUACCGCUGCGAGCUCCAGCUGGAUGAGUGCCACAGCAGCCCCUGCCGCAACGGUGGCAAGUGCAUCGACCGCAUCAACGCCUACCAGUGCAACUGCCCCCCCGGCACCGCCGGGGUCAACUGCGAGGUGAACCCCGACGACUGCGCCAGCGCCCCCUGCGUCCACGGCACAUGCCGGGACGGCGUUGACCGCUACGACUGCAUCUGCCAACCUGGCUUCACGGGUCCCCGUUGCGACGUGGAGGUGACCGAGUGCACAUCCAACCCCUGUCACCCAGGUGCCACCUGCAUGGGUGGUGCCAACGGCAUCACCUGCCUCUGCCCACCGGGCGCCCGCGACCCCCGGUGCCACCCCGGCCCCCUGCCCUGUGGCAGCAGCCCCUGUGCCCACGGCACCUGCCGUGACCACGGCAACGGUUCACCUGCGAGUGCCAGCUGGGCUGGGGGGGCCCCACGUGCGCCCGCAGGGAGGACCCCUGUGUCACCCGGCCCUGCCCGCCAUGGGGGCACCUGCACCCCCCUGGGGGGAGGGUACCUCUGCGCCUGCCGCCCCGGAUACCAGGGUGCCCAGUGCCAGGCGGGGGUGGACGUUUGCGCCUCGGGGCCAUGUCACCACGGGGGCACCUGCCUGGAUGCUGCUGGCACCUACCGUUGUCUCUGCCCCCCACCCUUCACAG